CCCCCGGGGAGGGCGCGCGGCGGCACGGGGCGAGUUUGGAGUUGCCGGCGGCGGGCGGCGGGCAGGGCGGCGGGGCCGGGGGCCGGCGGGCGCCCGCGCCGCGAGUAAGUUUCCAGGAUCGGGAGCGCCGCACGCUCGCGCGCGACUCGGCUCGCCCCCCGUCUCGCCCCUCACACGGAGACUGGCCUUCUGGUCGGAUUGCCCAUGCACUUGUUGCCGAAACAGCCAAGGCCCGGCUCUGCAGGAUGCUGAAGGAGGAAGACCCGGAAGCUGGACGUGCCUGAGCGAGCCCCCCCACCCCUCCGCCCCCGUCUGAGCCCAGGAGCAGACCAGCCGCCUCCGCUCACCUGCCGAGCAGCAUGAGAGCAGCAUGACCCGCCCGCCACAGGAGACGCCCCCAGAGCCAGGCCCCCCACGCAGCCCCCGGCCGCCGAGGUCCAGGUGUGAGCAGCGUCUCUGCCCCGCAGCAGGCAUCGGUCUGAACCUGAGGCCGGGCGAGGAUGUAAACCCCCCGCUCUGCACGUGAGCACUCCGGGCCACCAGGAACCCCCGCGCCAACGCCAUGUCUGCCGUGGAGUAGCGUGGACGCUCCCGCUCUGCCUCUCAGGGUUCCGGGCCUUUCUGAGGGGGGUGCUUCUCCCUCCGUGUAUGGUUUUGUGGCUGGACGUUCACCACCAAGGCCGGCAUCAUGGGCGACCAGCAGCUGUACAAGACCAACCACGUGGGCCACGGGGGUGAGAACCUGUUCUACCAGCAGCCCCCGCUGGCUGUGCAUGGCGGGCUGAGUCACGGCUACGGGAAUGCCAUCGCGGGGGCCUCCGUGGACGCGCCCCAGGCUUCCCCGCUCUCCCCGCACUUUGCUCAAGACGCACGGGACGGCUUGGGCUUGCCCGUGGGCUCCAAAAACCUUGGCCAAGUGGACGCCUCCAGACAGGGAGGGUGGGGGGGCCACUCGGGGCCUGGAAACCACAUCCAGCUCCGUGGCAACCUGGCCAACUCCAACAUGAUGUGGGGGGCCCCGGCCCAGGCCGAGCCCACCGACGGCUACCAGUACACCUACUCCCAGGCCAGCGAGAUCCGCACGCAGAAGCUCACCAGCGGCGUCCUGCACAAACUGGACUCCUUCACGCAGGUGUUUGCCAACCAGAACCUGCGCAUCCAGGUCAAUAACAUGGCCCAGGUGCUGCACACGCAGUCGGCCGUGAUGGACGGGGCGCCCGACAGCGCCCUGCGCCAGCUGCUGUCCCAGAAGCCCCUGGAGGCCCCCACGCCGCCCCUCCCCUCCCGCUACCAGCCGGUGCCCCAGCAGCCUCACCCGGGCUUCUCCGGGGGGCUGUCCAAGCCCGCCCUCCCGGUGAGCCAGCACCCCGGCCAGGGACACCUGUUCUACGACUACCAGCAGCCCCUGCCGCAGCUGCCCGUGCAGGGGGCACAGCCCCUGCAGGCGCCGCCCGCGCUGCCCCAGCACCUGCCACAGAUGCAGCAGCACCAGUACUACCCGCAGCCGCAGCCGGCCAGCCAGCCGCGCAUGGCCAUGCAGGACAUGCCGCCGCCUCCACAGCUCCGCCCAGCCCAGCCGCCGCCCCCGCCGCAGCCGCCGCAGCAGCAGCUCCCGCUGCAGCAGCGCCAGGCCCCCAUGCAGAUACCUCAGUACUACCAGGCCCAGCCCGUGGUGCAGCACCUGCCCGAGCAGCAGCCACAGCCGCUGCACCUGCAGCCGCCCUCGUACCACCGGGACACCCAGCAGUACGCCGCGGAGCAGGCGCACGCCGUGCAGCUGAUCCCACUGGGCUCCGUGCCGCAGUACUACUACCAGGAGCCCCAGCAGCCCUACAGCCACGCCCUGUACCCGCAGAGCCACCUGCCCCCACACCAGCAGCGUGACGACGGCCAGCCUAAGGCCUACCCCGGCGACAGGCAGGCCCCCGCCCUGCUGGGCUCCCACGGGGACCUGGGUCCUCCGGAGCCCAGGAUGACAGAGCCCCCCGGCGCAGAGCUGGAGCGGGCGGGCAGUGCGCUCCCCCACCGGCCGCUCCUGUCCCCCAGCGGGCUGCACCUCAGCAAUAUGGUCCCGCAGCACCAGCAGCUGUCGCCCAGCGCCGUGUGGCCCCAGAUGCACCUCCCUGACAGCCGAGCCCAGCCAGGGUCCCCGGACUCAAGUGGCCAGCCCAAAGGAGUCUUGGGGGAGCAGUGUGACGCCAAGAACAAGCUGACGUGCUCCAUCUGCCUGAAGGAGUUCAAGAGUCUGCCCGCCCUGAACGGCCACAUGCGGUCCCACGGCGGGGUGCGGGCCUCCCCCAGCCUCAAGCAGGAGGAAGGAGAAAAAGCCCCGCCACCUACGCCCCAGCCGCCGCUACCGCCGCCUCCUCCGCCGCCGCCGCCGCAGCUCCCUCCCGAGGCCGAGAGCCUCACGCCCAUGGUCAUGCCCGUGUCUGUCCCUGUCAAGCUUCUCCCGCCCAAGCCCAGCGCGCAGGGCUUCGCCACCGGCACCACGGCCACUCCCUCCACCAGAGACAAGCCCGCCAGCUCCGUGUCGGACGACGAGAUGCCCGUGCUCGUGAGGAUGACCCUCUCUCCCCCACACUCCCCCCAAGGGGCUGCCCCCCGCACGCCUGCUGAGAUCCCCAGGAAGGCCGGCCCGGGCGCGGCCAAGGUUGAGGACGCCCUGCGGACCCCCACGGAGAAAAAGAAGUUCCGGCACCGGCCGGAGCCGCUCUUCAUCCCGCCGCCGCCCACCUGCCCCGCGCACCCCGCGGGCGCCACCCUGUACCAGAGCCAGCUGCGCUCCCCGCGCGUCCUGAGCGACCACCUGCUGCUGGACCCCGCGCACGAGCUGCCCCCCUACACGCCCCCGCCCAUGCUGAGCCCGGUGCGCCAGGGCUCGGGGCUCUUCAGCAGCGUCCACCCGCAGCUGCCGCUCACGCCCCUCACGCCCACGCCCCGCGUGCUGCUGUGUCGCUCCAAUAGCAUUGAUGGCAGCAGUGUGACCAUCAGCCCCGGGCCCAGAGAGCAGACUGUGGACGUUGAACCACGCAUCAACAUCGGCUUGAGAUUCCAGGCAGAGAUUCCAGAACUCCAGGACAUCUCUGCCCUGGCCCAGGACACGCACAAGGCCACGCUGGUAUGGAAGCCCUGGCCCGAGCUGGAGAAUCACGACCUCCAGCAAAGAGUGGAGAAUCUCCUGAAUCUGUGCUGUUCCAGCGCAUUGCCAGGAGGAGGGACCAACUCGGAGUUUGCUUUGCACUCUCUCUUCGAGGCCAAAGGUGACGUGAUGGCUGCUCUGGAAAUGCUGCUGCUUCAGAAGCCAGUGAGGUUAAAGUGCCAUCCUUUAGCCAGCUACCACUACGCCGGUUCCGACAAGUGGACGUCCUUGGAAAGAAAGUUGUUUAAUAAAGCACUGGCCACUUACAGCAAAGACUUUAUUUUUGUACAGAAAAUGGUGAAGUCCAAGACGGUGGCCCAGUGUGUGGAGUACUACUACACGUGGAAGAAGAUCAUGCGCCUGGGACGGAAGCACAGGACACGCCUGGCGGGGAUCCUGGACGAGUGCGCGACGAGCGAAGAAGAAGAAGAGCUGGAAGAGGAGGAGGAGGACCCAGACGAAGACAGGAAGUGCACCCGAGAAGAGGAGAGCGAAGUGUGCAAGUCCCCGGAGCCACCACCAGGCCCUGUCCUGGCCGCCACCGAGGGGCCCCCCCUUCAGACCCUGGGCCAGCCCUCCGGCUCCUUCGUCUGCGAAAUGCCCAACUGUGGGGCUGACUGUAGAUGUCAUGUCACUCCCUCUCUUCCCCAGGUGUUCAGCUCCCGACAGGCACUGAACGGCCACGCCCGCAUCCACGGAGGCACCAACCAGGUGACCAAAGCCCGGGCGGCCGUCCCGUCUGGGAAGCAGAAGGCUGGCAGUGCCCAGAGCGGGUACUGCUCGGUGAAGAGCUCCCCCUCGCACAGCACCACCAGCGGGGAGACGGACCCCACCACCAUCUUCCCCUGCAAGGAGUGUGGCAAAGUCUUCUUCAAGAUCAAGAGCCGCAACGCGCACAUGAAGACGCACCGGCAGCAGGAGGAGCAGCAGAGGCAGAAGGCGCAGAAGGCGGCCUUCGCGGCGGAGAUGGCGGCCACCAUCGAGAGGACUACGGGCCCGGCCGGGGCCCCGGGGCUGCUGCCCCUGGACCAGAUGAACCUCCUGAAGCCCAUCAAGGACGCGGGCAUCCUGGACGACGACGUGGUGCAGCAGCUGGGGGGCGUCAUGGGCGAGGCCGAGGUCAUGGACGCCGGCCUCCUCCUGGAGGACCAAGACUCUGUCCUGCUGCAGGGGGACACGGAACUCUAGGGCCCCCGCGCCCCCCGCAGGCCACGGGCCCCCACGGCCCCUGUCGCCCGAGUCAGGAAACCUGGUCUGCCUGCUUGUUUCGUACCCAUUUGAAACUACCUGUUUAAAAAGUGGUCGUUUUAUUCAGGUUUAGGGUGGGAGGGGAAAUAUGCCAGUUUCUUUGCUUUUUAUUUAAAAAAAAAUACUUGUUUUGUGGGAGGAAUACAUUAUUGGCACAACUCUCUUUCAGAAGAGGCGUUUCAUCUGGCCUGCGUUACUAUGAACUUCCUCCCGCAGGGAGGGAAACUGAGGUGCGUGUGCUUUCAGAUGUCAGCCAUCCUGGUUGCAUUUUAUCCCAAAGCUUGCAGUGAAUGAGUGUGUGUGUGUGUGUGUGUGUGUGUGUGUGUGUGCGCGCGUGUGUGUGUGCCCAUCCGUGUUCCAUGUGCCAUGCCCUGGAUGUGUAUGUAUGAGGCAGGCUCCCCUCUUCUGAGCUGGGGCCUGGGCCAUCCUUUCCACCAAGAGUGAUUUUUGUUCCAUUCUGACCUCAUUCUGCAGUUUGCCCUGACCUUGGCGUCUCUGCCACAGGAUUCUUUGCUAGGGGUGUGGCUCUCCAGGGAGUACAACCAGCCUUAGCACACGCGUCAUCUGAAGAGUUGCCCAAAUGUGAAAAUAAGUCUCUUCUCCCUGUCUAGCCUGUCCGAGGAACUGAGUACUGUAAGAAUUCAGGCGUCCACACCCGGCCCCGGCUCUCUGGGGAGCUGGUUCAGAGAGCAAAUGUGACCUCCUCCGUGUCCCCCUGUUCUGGGUGACAUGUGUCAGGGCCUGUCUCCAGGCUGGGGACCUGCCUGGGGGGAAAGUAACCCCAAUUAGUAAUUGGCUGUGGCCAUUGCUUGGAACGUUGGUCAAAGGGCAUCCAUCGAAUUCCAAAAAGUGUUCUUUGACCCAAAACUAGAUUGGAAGAGACUUUUUUUUUCUUUUCUUUUUUUGUUUUUGCAACACUGUUAAUGGUCAGUGGAGUUCUGAAAUUACUCUGUGCCACUUGGAAAUACUGUGAAACCUCAUUCACUGGGAUUUUGCUUUAAUGCAUUGACGCUGGACGGAAGUUGACCUUGAUGUUAACUAUUAGGAAAAGAACGGUCUAAUCUGUAGCAGAUGCAGGAAGAUAGGAAAGAGAGGCUGACAGAAAUGGUUUCAGAUACCACUCUAGCUACAAUGUUUGCAUUCAGACAAUGAACGUAUUCAUUCCAGUCAUUUACCAAAGCUCUUCUAGAAUUCUCCAAGCCACAUAACUCUGCUCUGCCUCUUCCUGUCCCUGUUGGCAGGGUUCCUGCUGGUACUUGAAGGUAAUCAAACUGUAAUCCUUCAAAAUGUGGCAUUGAGCUCAGGCCUCUGAGCUGACUCAGUCUGGCCCUUUAGGGAACGUGAGUGCAGCUUUCACGCAAAAGGCCACGGGGAGGGCUGCUUUGGGGGCUCCCCUCGAAGGUGACCAGGUGUGACUUCUUCUGAGGCCCUGCCCGACCCAGACAGGCUGGUUCCUCUGCCCCACACAGGGUGGCAGUCCUGCUGGGUCUUAGAAUCCCGGCAUUGCAAGGUCCACGGAAGCAUGAGGCCAGGACCCAAACACCCCUCUGGUUUGACUCUGUGAAAGCGUUUGGCUUCCACUUCUGGCCCACGGUGGCCCCUCCCAGGCCAUAUUCACGGAAUCUCAGGAAAGCCACGGACGGAAGAGAAAAAUAUGAACACUUACAUUUCCAGGAAAGCUGUUUUGGGGAGAGUUCCUUCAUCUUUUCUUUAGGAUGAAAAACAAAAAGUUUUCUUUGCUGCCAUUUCAGACAGGUUAUUCUAGUCUAAGUAUUAAGUUAAGAGCUGGGUGCUACAUCCACGCUGUGGCAAGGAUAUUCUGGAAUAUUCCAGCUGUGCUAACGAUGGCCGGCAUCUGUCCAAGUGACUACUUCCGCUGUUCGCAGAUGUCGGAGAGGGAUUGGGGAAUACUUCUGCUGCCGGCUCUACGAAAACUUAUCUGUCAAAGGAGCCAACACCCAGGAAAAUGUUUAUAAAGCAAAUACAUUCACUCUAUUUGGAGAUUUGCCCGGCCGGUCUAGUUUUAAACAUGAGAAAUAAACGAAGUUGCCAAGACAAACGUCAUUUAACGUUGAUUUUUCCAUACAGUGUAGUGUAAGAAUUUUUGACUUGCAACAACCAAAGAACUCCUCCUACAUGAGACAGUUCAAAUUCCUGAAUUCCUUCUUCUCCACAACGAUCAACUUCAACAAUUGACUUUGCAGUAACAUAAUUGCACUUCAUGUUUUCUGAAGCCCUUUGCCUGCCUGCGUGCGUGGUGUUCGAGCUCCCUCUAGCGCCCCCUGCCGCCCCACCCCAGAACUUCUCCCCCUAACGGUUAACGUCUUCACCACGGUUACUGUUUACGAUCAGAUGGCUUUUCAUUCGUGACUUUAGACCUCUUUGAGAAAGCUUGUAUAUAAAAGUUAACAGAUAUAUUUUAUGGAAAACCCAUCUUAUUUUCAAAUAUAUUUAACUGCUGUUAUAUUUUAUUAGAGGAAGGUUGUAAAUAUUUUCUAGGAGUUCUAUUGUAAAGAAAAGUAUUUUUGAAAAAAAACAAACCCUAAUGUAAUAAAAAGGAAAACAUUUUUAAAUAGUGGUGGUGAUUGCUUCCUGUUUUGCCUUCGCAGUAGUUUGUUCUCAGCCAAUAACUUGCAUGUCUUCCCAUUCAGGAUGUGAUUGAUUCAGGCUUGCACUAUUAUAAGUUGACAUCAUAAUAUCUAGUGUGCUAAACUGUAUUUUCCCCCGGAAUGCCAGUCCCUGGGUCCAUUGCCUACGCACUAUGUAUAGCAUAUUCCUAAUUUUUCUUUUGUAACGUGUGUAUUUUUAAUAAGGAUUUUAUGUAACAUUUUGGCAAAAAGAGGACAGUAUUUUCUAGUGAAUUUUAUAAUACAUUUUGCUAAAAAUGUUUCUUCCUAAGUCAGUUUUUGUUAAGGUGAACCAAAAGUCUUAUUUUACCAGGGGUUUAAAAAAUUUAAAAAGUUUGAAGCUUGAAAGCAAAGUUAUAUUUAAACAUCUAUGUGACAAAUAAAUAAAGAUGUUUUAUAGAUUUGUCCUUAAAAGGUGCAUUCCUUAAAAAACAAACAAAAAAUGGGCAGCCUAGGUGAUUUUCUUCCCGAGUUGAAGUUGGUUUUUGUUUUAUUUUGCCUUUGUUCUUUUUUUAAUGAUCACAAUUUUUUUUUCCAGCAAGAGUCAGGAGCAUUUUACUUGAAAGGUUCUAAUCAUCCACCUUCUCAGAAAUUUUCACACAUCCUAUAGACAGGCAUUCUUCAACUAGAGAUGUAACCAAAUAAACUCUGUCCUAUUUAUUUGUGAGAAUCUAGUUCAGUAUUGCAUCAGCUGCUCUGAAAAUAAAAAUGUUUCUUUCUGAGUUUC